GAGUCCCUUCGUGCAGCUACUACGCCCAUAAAUAAUACCACCUUUGCCCCGCCUUUCUUUCUACUCUAGUUGCGAGAAAUUGGCAACUUCUUUACGGCAUCCUUCUUUGAGUGCUCCUCCUCACAAGACAUCUCCAGCACUUAUCACCAACAACAAAAGCCCCACGCUUCAUCUACACAGCCAUUAUGUCCACGGAUAAUGAAGCCGUCUCCUUCUCCGCUCGCGAGAUGCAAACCCUCGCUCUCGCCUGGCAAUGCAUGGAAACUGAGCCUAAGAUCGACUACACCAAAUUAGCUCGCCUAGCCGGCUACACCGAAGGCUCAGCUAAAGUCACUCUUGGAAACAUUAAACGUAAAAUGAAAAUACACGCAUCCGGUCUCGAGGCCAACUCCGCCCCAACCACCCCCAAGAAACCUGCCACCGGCACCGGCAAGACUCCGAAGAGCUCCGGCAAGCGUGCUGCCUCCGGCGCCACUUCUGGGGAGUCUCUAAGCAAGCGCGGGAAGAAGGUUGCCACUGGCGGUGCUGGUAAGAAGGGUAAGGGCAGGGUCGAGGAUGAGGAGGACGAUGAAGAGGAGUUCAAGGCCCCAAAGAUCAAGGAUGAGGAGGUGGGAGAUCUGGAGAGGGGUGCGCGAGAGUUCUACGAGGCUGCAAUGCGGAAUAAUAGUCAAGGCUACCAUCUCGGUAUUGGCGGUGGAGAUGGCGAUGGCAUUAACGAUGAGCUGGGCGAGUAGUUGGAAGAAUAGGUGGACUCCGUCCUAGAGCAUAAAGUUGGUCAGGCUGUGAUUUGGGAUGAAUGGUAUGGAACGGUGUGCUUCCUGGAUUGCUGGGGUGGUGUAAC